CCUAAUAGGCUUGCUCACCAUAAAAGCACGCACACUUGGGAAGCACUGCUGACUUGAGCACCCCUCACCACUCCAGAGAAGCAGCAUAUUAAAGCUACAGCCUGGAGAAGGAGAAAGAGAAGGAGAAGGAGAAGGAGAAGGAGAAGGAGAAGGAGAAGGAGAAGGAGAAGGAGAAGGAGAAGGAGAAGGAGAAGGAGAAGGAGAAGGUGACGGUUUCGCAGUCAGUGCUCUGCCCACAGCACAAUGACGCUGCGGCUUUGCUGUCCACUUGCUGCCGGGAUUUUUAUCCUCCUCGUUCCUGGCCUCUCUGAAGGAGGGAAACUCCUGGUGGUGCCCAUGAUUGGAAGCCACUGGCUGAGCAUGAAGGAAGUAGUUCAGAAGAUAGCCGAGAGGGGACAUGAAGUGGUGGUGCUUAAACCAGAAGUAAGCUGGCAGAUGGGAGAGAGAGAAAAACACGCAUACACUGUGAAGACAUACCCAGUGUCCACCAAGUUAGAAGACCUGGAUAAUGCCUUUCAGCAGUAUCUUGCUGCUCACCUGAAGAGUCUGCCUCUCCCACUGUAUGUUCUAGAACUGUACAACAUCUCGGUAGAUGUUUCUGGCAAAAUGUUUCUUCAGUGCAGUGAACUGUUCAGCAGCACAGAAACUCUGCAGUACUUGAAUCAAAGCGGCUUCGAUGCAGUCCUCACAGACCCUGUUUUGAUGUGUGGAGCUACGCUUGCCAAUUACCUUUCACUUCCAUCUGUGUUCUUCAUGAGAGGAUUUCCUUGUAACCUACACUACGAAGCUACACAGUGCCCAAGCCCUCUGUCGUAUGUCCCUAGGCUAUUUUCCUUCAAUUCAGACCACAUGACAUUUUUCCAGAGAGUGGAAAAUACACUGAUUUCUUUCUUGGAGCUGUUCUACUGUAAUGGGUUCUAUCGAGCUGCAAAACAGCUUUCCUCUGAAGUUCUUCAAAGAGAUGUAUCCCUGACUGACCUCCUGAACUCUGCUUCUGUUUGGUUGAUGAGAUAUGACUUUGUGUUUGAGUAUCCCAGACCGGCGAUGCCCAAUAUGGUCUUCAUUGGAGGUAUAAACUGUGCUGGGAAGAAACCACUGCCUAAGAGCAGAGUGAAGACACAUCAGUGUUCAAGAGAAGUCUGUAAAAAUCUAACUAGGAUGUCAAGGAGCUCAUUCUCUGUCAAGUAUUGAAGAAUUCGAUUGACUCAGCAUAGGUAAAGGUCACUAUACUUGGCUUUAAAAGUAAUUCAGAAAUCCAGCAUUAUUCUCUGAUAGGUGUGCAGUGUUUAAGUCAGUAAAUCAUUAACUAGAAGAUAAUCACAAUUCAACACAACUCAGCAGAUAAAUCCAUCCACUUCCUACCGAAGUGUAUUAUAGCUACAGCCUGGAGAAAGAGAAGGAGGAGAAGGAGAAAACGGCUUCACAGUCAGUGCUCUGCCCACAGCACAAUGACGCUGCGGCUUUGCUGUCCACUUGCUGCCGGGAUUUUUAUCCUCCUCAUUCCUGGCCUCUCUGAAGGAGGGAAACUCCUGGUGGUGCCCACGGUUGGAAGCCACUG